UUGCAAAAAUAUAGUUUGUGUUUAAGGUUGUAAAAACUAAGAAUGCCAGGUCAUAUCAAGCUGACCAAAUCCGGUCAGCCUGAUCCUGACCCAACCGAGUUUCUGGUUCCCUCUGUUGAGAUGAAACGAGCGGAUCAGCAGAAACCAUAUGAUUCUAAGAAAUCAGUUUGGAUUCCUGAUCCUAAGAGCGGGGGAUACAGAGAGGGCUGCUUGGAAUCUGGAGACCUUGAAGAUCCUGGCAGCAAGUGUAUUGUUUCAGUUGGUCAUGAGAAGUUUACCCAUAAGGCAUCUGAAGUUGGUAAAGUCAACCCACCUAAAUUUGAGAAAUGUGAAGAUAUGGUUAAUCUCACUUUCCUCAAUGAUGCUUCUGUAUUCUGGAACUUGAAAACUCGUUACCAAGCCAAGAUGAUCCAUACCUACUCAGGUCUUUUUGUUGUUGUCGUCAACCCUUACAAGCGGUAUCCCUUGUACACUCACAGGGUGGCUAAGAUCUAUCUGGGCAAAAGACGGAAUGAAGUUGCUCCUCAUCUCUGGGCUAUUGCUGAAACUGCAUAUCGCGGCAUGUUGAAUAAUUCUAAGAACCAAGCUAUGUUGAUCACAGGAGAAUCUGGAGCUGGAAAAACUGAAAACACCAAGAAAGUUAUCACUUACCUUGCCAUGGUAGCUACUGGGUCUGGUAAGAAAUCUGAGAAGAAAGUGUCAUUGGAAGACCAAAUUGUUGCAACGAAUCCUAUUCUGGAGUCCUAUGGCAAUGCCAAAACAUCCAGGAAUGACAACUCCUCUCGUUUUGGAAAAUUUAUUCGAAUUCAUUUUACAACAUCUGGAAAGCUGGCUGGUUGUGACAUUGUAUCAUAUUUGCUUGAGAAAUCUAGAAUCACUGAACAGCAAGAAGUAGAAAGAUCAUACCAUAUAUUCUACCAGUUACUCCAACCAUAUGGAGAUGGUAUUGGAGGAGGGUUGAAGGCUAAAUGCCAUCUUAGCUCUGACAUAUAUGAUUACACUUAUGUGUCCCAGGGUAAAACCAAAGUAGAUUCUAUUGAUGACAAUGAAGAGCUUGAGUUUACCGAGGAUGCUUUCAACGUUCUUGGAUUUGAAGAACAGGAGAAAUUUGACUGUUACAUGCUCACCGCUGCAGUAAUGACCUUUGGAGGAAUUGAAUUCAAAACCAAGGGAAGAGAUGAUCAAGCAGAGUGUGAACACAGUGGGCCUGAUACAUUUCCAGGAAAAGCAGCUGCCCUGUGCGGGGUUGAAAGCGGUGCAAUGAUCAAAGCUUUCUGCAAGCCAAGAAUAAAAGUUGGAACUGAAUGGGUCACUAAAGGACAGUCCUGUGAGCAAGCCACCAAUGCUGUAGGAGGAAUUGCUAGGGCAAUUUUUGACAGGGUCUUCAAGUGGCUAAUUGAGAAAUGUAAUGAUACAUUAAUUGAUCCAACUCUGAAGAAAAACAACUUUUGCGCUGUUUUAGAUAUUGCUGGAUUUGAAAUCUUUGAAUACAAUGGAUUUGAGCAAAUAUCUAUAAAUUUUGUUAAUGAAAAACUUCAGCAGUUUUUUAAUCAUCAUAUGUUUGUUGUUGAACAGGAAGAAUAUGUAAAGGAAGGUAUUGACUGGGAAAUGGUUGAUUUCGGAAUGGACUUGCAAGCUGCAAUUGUUAUGUUUGAAAAACCAAUGGGACUCUGGGCUAUUCUUGAAGAGGAAUCUCUUUUUCCAAAAGCCACGGAUAAAUCUUUUGAAGAAAAGCUUAAAGCAUCAUUAGGAAAAUUACCAAUAUUUCUUAAACCACAAUCCAAAACUGAUAAACAUGCUCAUUUUGCUAUUUCCCAUUAUGCUGGGAUUGUAUCCUACAAUGUUACUGGCUGGCUGGAAAAGAACAAAGAUCCUGUAAAUGAUUCUGUGGUGGAAGUUUUUAAGUCGAGCUCGAGCAUUGAACUUUUAGUUCAUCUAUGGAGAGAUCAUCCAGGACAACCCUCUACAGCUCCUAAAGAUGAUGGAAAGAAGAAGAAGAAGGGAGGUGGUGGUAAAACUGUAUCCUCAGUUUACCUUGUAUCUUUGGGUGAACUUAUGCAGACACUCCAUAUGUGUGAACCUCAUUUUGUCCGAUGCCUUGUACCAAAUACUCAUAAAAAGCCAGGAGAUGUUGAACCUCCCUUGAUUAUGCACCAGCUCACUUGUAAUGGAGUACUCGAGGGAAUUAGAAUCUGCAUGAGAGGAUUUCCAAACCGAAUGAUGUAUCCUGAUUUCAAAAUAAGAUAUGCAAUCCUUGGUUCUGCUGAGAUUGCAAGCUCAAAUGAUAAUAAAACCUCAUCUUAUGCCCUGCUGGACAAGAUUCAAUUUCCCAGAGAAAGAUAUCGUUUAGGACACACCCUGGUAUUCUUCAGAGCAGGAGCUCUUGCUUUCCUAGAAGAAAAACGAGAUGAUAUUGUCAUAAGGCUUGUCAGGUUCCUUCAAGGAGAAGCAUUAAAAUUCAUUAGAAACAAGGAGUUUGUAAAGAGAAGGGAUCAAAGGGAUCUUAUCAAAAUCUGUCAGCAACAGUUUAGAAAAUACGCUGCACUCCGAGACUGGGGUUGGUUUAUUAUAAUUCAGAAGACAAGACCACUCGUUGGAUUACCAAAUCCUCAAGAAGAGUUGAGACUUCUUGAAGAGAAAUCGAGAACAACGUAUGAUUCUUACAUGGAACAGUUGAAUACUAAAGAUCGUCUUCUUCAAGAAAAUUUGACAAUUGUGGAGGAAACUAAAGCUCUCUUGAAACAGAUCGAAAGUGAACAAGGAAAUAUAUCUCAAUACCAUGAGAAGCAAGCUAGGGUAUCUGCUGAGAAAGCAGAACUUGAAAUGCAGCUUCAAGAAGCUCAGGAAACCUUGGCAAAGAAAGAAGCAAACAGAAUUCAAUCGGCAACAGACAAGAAAACCCUUGAGGCAGAGUGCACUGUUGUGAAAAAAGAUAUUAGUAACCUAGAGAUUGCUAUAGAGAAGCUGGAGCAAGAAAAAUCAAACAGAGAUUUCUCUAUCAGAUCACUCAAUGAAGAAAUAACAGGUCGGGAUGAACUGAUAAACAAGUUGAACAAAGAGAAAAAACGAAUUUCUGAAACCAGUGCUAAAGCCUCUGAUGAUUUACAGGAAGCAAAUGAGAAACUGGAUCAUCUCAUUAUGAUCAAGAAUAAGUUAGAGAAUACUCUUGAUGACCUGGAAUCAUCUCUUGAAAAAGAAAAGAGAGAAAGAACAAAUGUUGAAAAGCAAAGAAGAAAAGUUGAAAGUGAUCUAAAAGUUGCUCAAGAGACGGUUACAGAGUUAGAGCGUCUUCAGAAAGAUCUAGAAGCUGCUAUGGUUAAGAAAGACAAAGAGUUUUCAAUUCUAUCAGGCAAGCUAGAUAAUGAACAAGGUCUUAUCAGCAAGGCUAAACAGACAGUUGGAGAAGCGCAAGGAAGAAUAGAGGUAUUGGAAGAAGAGCUUGAAUCUGAGCGUCAGGCAAGAUCUAAAGCAGAACGGCAACGAUCAGACUUAUCAAGAGAGCUUGAGAAUCUUGGCGAAAGACUGAACGAAGCUGGGGGUGCUACUGCUGCUCAGAUUGAGCUCAACAAGAAAAGAGUUGCUGAAGUUUCCAAGCUAAGGAAGGAUCUUGAAGAAUGCAAUAUUCAGCAUGAAGCUACAAUGAUCAGUUUAAAGAAGAAGCAUCAGGAUGCAGUUGCAGAGAUGACGGAGCAAGUUGAUCAAUUAACUAAGAUGAAAUCUAAAAUAGAAAAGGACAAAACACAAAUAUUUAACGAGAUUGCUGAUGUAAGGGUAGCAACUGAUGAGGUUAACAGAUCUAAGGUAUCAUGUGAAAAGUCCUAUCGGCAUCUCAUCAGCCAGCUUAAUCUUGAGAACAAGAAAAUUGAAAAAUCGAAUCUUAUUCUCGCAGAUUUCGAAGCUUGCAAGCGGAGACAGACAACAGACAACGCAGAGUUACUGCAACAGCUGCAGGAGCUAGAGAAUGCUACCAAUAUGAUGGUUAGGGUUAAUUCUGGGCUUUCCAGUACUCUUGAGGAACAGAAGAGGAUGGUUGAGGAUGAAUCUAAGGAGAGAAUCUGCCUCCUUGGUAAAUACAGAAAUAUUGAACAUGAGGUUGAUAAACUUAAAGAAAAUCUAGAGGAAGAGGUUUCUUCUAAAGAGAACUUUAAACGCCAGCUAUUGAAAAACCAAUCAGAAGCAGAUACCUGGAGGAAUAAGUAUGAAGUUGAAGCAGUUGCUAAAGCAGAAGAACUGGAAAUGUCCAAGCUGAAGGUUCAGGGUCGUCUUUCAGAAUCUCAGAAUACAAUAGAGCAUCUCAAUUCUAAACUUAUUCAACUUGAGAAUGCUAAAUCAAAACUCACUGAUGAUCUGAAGGAAAUGAGUAUUCAGCUAGAUCAGGCUCAAAUCUUAAAUACUUCCAUGGAGAAGAAAGCUAAACAGUUUGACAGAAUUGUGUCUGAGUGGAAGGUUAAGGUUGGAGGGCUUUCAGUGGAGUUAGAUGUUGCACAAAAUGAAACAAGAAAUGCAUCUUCAGAACUGUUUGGUUUAAAGAAUGCUUAUGAUGAGUCAAUUCAUCAAUUAGAUGAGGCGAGAAGAGAGAAUAAGAAUCUGUGUACUGAAAUCAAGGAUAUUAUGGAUCAGAUCAGUGAAGGGGGAAGAUCAAUCCACGAGAUUGACAAAAUAAGAAAGCGUCUUGAGGGCGAAAAGAUUGAGUUAGAAACAGCACUAUCUGAAGCUGAAGGAGCUCUUGAACAUGAAGAGAACAAGGUGCUCAGGGCUCAGUUAGAGCUUACUCAGGUCAAACAGGAGAUUGAGAGAAGAUUGGAAGAAAAGGAUCUUGAGUUUUCAUUAACUAAAAAGACUUUUGCUAAUGAAAUUGAUGGUAUGCAAAAAGCUCUUGAAACAGAAACCAAAAACAAAGUUGAGGCUUUCCGAAUGAAGAAAAGGCUUGAAACGGAUGUAUGUGAUCUUGAUUCAGCUUUAGAACAUGCAAAUGCUGCAAACAUUGAGAACCAGAAAACUAUCAAAGGAAUUCAGCUCCAGCUUCGCAAUGUACAAACACAGCUAGAGGAAGAGUCUAGGGCCAAGGAGGUUGCCAGGGAUAACCUUCUAGUUGCUGAUAGGAAAGGACAUGCUAAUCAGAAUGCUCUUGAAGAGGCUAGAACCCUCCUUGAUCAAACUGAGAGAAACAGACGCCUCACUGAACAAGAGCUUGCUGAUACAAAUGAGACACUUGGAGAAUUGACCUGUACAAAUCAAGCUCUCACUGCAGCAAAGCAAAAGUAUGAAAACGAGAUGGUUUCCCUUCAUGUUGAUCUGGAUGAAAUGACUUCUGAAGCAAGACUAUCCGAAGAAAAGGCAAACCGAGCAAUGAUUGAUGCUGCACGACUUUCAGACGAGCUGCGUUCAGAACAAGAAACAGCUUCUCUGUUUGAACGUGACCGCAAGCUUCUGGAGGCCCAGGUAAAGGAUUCACAGAUCCGUCUAGAUGAAACUGAGCAGAAUAUUCUGAAAGGUGGAAGGAAAGCUGUUUCUAAGAUGGAGACUAGGAUCAGGGAACUAGAGUCUGAACUUGAAGCUGAAAACAGACGAAGCUCUGAUGCACAGAAAAAUCUACGAAAAAGUGAACGAAAAAUUGUUGAGCUGAACUAUCGAAUUGACGAGGAUCGGAAAAACCAUGAGCAAAUGCAGGGGCUCAUUGAUCAGCUGCAAGGUAAGAUCAGAUCAUAUAAAAAACAAAUUGAGGAGGCGGAAGAAAUUGCUGCUCUUAACCUAGCUAAGUUCCGACAGACUGAGAGUAAUCUGUCUGAAUGUAUUGAACAAGCAGAUCUGAAUGAGCAAGCAUUAUCAAAGAUGAAGCUACGAAGCCGUUGCUCAUCACUUGUACCACAGUAGAAUUUUAACACAAGUUUAAUUUAAUAACAGACGUCUGAUAUUAAUAUGCACCCCUAACAAAGCAUUACAAAAAUACCAAAAAAAUAUAGAAUAAAUAUUAUGCAAAUAAAAAAUUCGUCUUGUCAAAAUUAU